AUGAAUCUAUUGUAUAAAGCACGACAUAAUAAAGUUUACUUCGUUGUUCAUAGCCAUUAUAUUGUUUGUUUAAUACAAAUUAAUUUUUUACACACUUUGGACAGAUCUAAUCAUGCACGUAUAACUGAUCUUGGAUUUUGUAAACCAGAAGUAAUGAUGAGUGGUUCUCUUGUUGGCACUCCAAUUCAUAUGGCACCAGAAUUAUUUACAUUAAAAUAUGAUCAUACAGUUGAUGUAUAUGCAUUUGGUAUAUUAUUUUGGUAUAUUUGUUCGAAUGGUGUUAAAUUACCGAAUAAUUUUGAUGUUUGUUCAUCAAAAGAUGUUCUUUGGUCAAGAGUUAAACAAGGCGUUCGACCUGAACGUUUAAAUAACUUUACUAAUGAAUGUUGGGAAAUAAUGACAAAAUGUUGGGAUCCUCAACCAUCUCAACGACCAUAUUUAGGUGAAGUUCAAGAAAAACUUGAACAAAUUCUUAGUAAAACAACCACACAUGUUUGA